AAUUGUCAGAAACAUUCUUUGAGUACAUGGCUUUAUGAUAUUUUAUUACUCACCAUAAACUAUUCAUAAGCUUUUAUUGUACAAUAUGAAGUGCAGUAAAAUAGUCGAUCUGGUUAACGUGCAUUUAUUUAUGGAAGUAAAUAUUUAACGUUAAUGUAAAAAAAUAUUUAAUAUUAAUAACAGUAAUAUAAUUUUUACAAUGGGUCUUUUAGUCAAACGAAUUACUAGUAUAUUAAGAAUAAUGUCUAGAACUCCUUAUAAGACUUACAAACGAUCAUUUACAAUCUGUGUAGAAGGUAAUAUUGGAUGUGGGAAAACUACUUUUUUAAAUCAUUUCAAAAGUUAUGACAAUACAGUUGUUUUACAAGAACCAGUUGAAUUAUGGCGCGAUGUUGCAGGAGUAAACCUAUUAGAACUUAUGUAUAAGGAUCCAAAGCGUUAUGCUUUCAUAUUCCAAUCUAAUGUACAAUUAACAAUGCUUCAAUUGCAUACUUAUAAGACACAAUUACCUUACAAAGUCAUGGAGAGAUCAGUUUACUCUGCAAGGUUAUUUAUAGAAAAUAUGAAACGUAAUAAAAUAUUACAAGACGUUGAAGUUGUAGUAUUAGAAGAAUGGUUUGACUGGUAUACAAAAAAUGUUAACAUAGAAACGGAUUUAAUAAUAUAUUUAAGAACCAGCCCAGAAAUUGUUUACCAAAGAAUGCGUAUAAGAGCUCGUAAGGAGGAAAAUUUGGUGUCAUUAGAAUACCUGAAACGUAUUCAUGAAAUACAUGAUGAAUGGCUACUAUACCAAAGCUUGUUCUCUUUGCCAGCACCAGUUAUUAUAUUAGAUGGAAAUAAGAGUAUUGAAGAGAUGGUAGUUGAAUUUGAAAAAUGCAAAAAUAAAAUUUUUACUCAACGAAAAGAAGGGGAAAGUUAAAUAAUAAGUGCUACUACCGCGCCCACAUGUUAAAAAAAGUAAAAACAGUAAAUAUGUAAAUAAAAUAUAAUUAUUUUAUUUUAGCAUUUAACUGUACAAAAUAUUUAAUAUUUUCUUUUUUGUUAUAAAUAUAUAAUAUAAUAUAAGACUGCGAAUUUUAAUGAUACAUACAAUCUCCAUUUUCUCUUAUUAAAUGUAAGCAUUUAAAAAAAUCUCGAUUUCAUUAUUGAUAGUACGACAAUUCAUAUUGUGGUACAAUCAAUCAUACAAGAGUUUUUACAAAUACAGUUUUACAAAUACAGUUUUUACACGCGAGAUCAUGUAUUAGUACACCAGAUCAUGGACUAAGAUGAGUAUUUUUGUUAGACAAUAAAAUCAUAAAUUUACAUAGAACUUUA